GAAGCCAGGAAAACUGUGUGUGUUGGAGAGAGAGAGUGAAAGAGAUAUUGAGAGAACUUGUGUGUGUGUGUGUGUAUGUGCCCUCAGUCCGUGCCACCCCAGGGUGGGAAUGCUAAGACAGACAGGCGGUUUAUUUUUGGGAAAGUGACACUGUGUCAAUGGCCGCAGAUGCGUCGCAAAGGAAGUCUCUGAGAUAUCAGCAAACCCUGCUAUAUGGCGAGUACAGGGAACCCCCUGGUGGGUCCCAGCGAAGAGAGGCCACCCGCCUACUAACAGAGAGGCAGCGGAAAAAACAUGGUGGGAGUCAUCACCACGGGCACCCCCAUGGGCACCACCACCAUCAUGCUCACCAUGGACAGGGUCACAGCGGAAAUCGCCAUCAUGGCCACCGCCAUCGCGGCCACCAUCAUCAGCAGCUGGAGACGGGGAGUGCUCCUGACAAACAGGAGCAGGAGCAGACCCAGACCUCCUCAUUCAAGAAACGCCGCUCUUAUUCCAAGUGCAGAGAUUGUGUGGCUCGAGUACAGAAGUUCCUUGUCUCUAAAUUGGGAGAAGACUGGAUCUUCCUGGUGCUCCUGGGUAUUACGAUGGCAUUAGUAAGCUGGAGUAUGGAUUAUGCAAGUGCAAAGAGUCUUCAAGCCUAUAAAUGGUUUUAUGGGGAGUUAAAGGGAAACAUCGCCCUGCAGUACCUGGUCUGGGUUUUCUAUCCUAUGGCUCUCAUCAUAUUUGCCUCUCUGUUUUGCCACCUGCUCGCUCCUCAGGCCAUUGGCUCUGGUAUUCCAGAGCUGAAAACCAUCCUCCGAGGUGUUGUCCUAAAGGAGUAUUUGACACUCAAAGCAUUUAUUGCCAAAGUGGUGGGACUCACUGCUGGCCUCGGCAGUGGAUUGCCAGUUGGAAAAGAGGGUCCUUUUGUUCACAUAGCCAGUAUCUGUGCGGCUGUGCUCAGCAGGUUUAUGUCCUUCUUCUCUGGAGUCUAUCAGAGCCCAUAUUGUUAUGCAGACAUCCUCACAGUGGGUUGUGCUGUGGGGGUCGGAUGCUGUUUUGGGACCCCUCUUGGAGGUGUGUUGUUCAGCAUUGAGGUCACAUCAACCUAUUUUGCUGUGAGAAACUACUGGAGGGGCUACUUCGCUGCUACAUUCAGUGCUUUUAUAUUCAGAGUGCUGUCUGUGUUCAAUAAAGAUGCAGUGACCAUCACUGCUCUCUUCCGCACCAACUUCCGAAUGGAUUUUCCCUUCGAUCUACAGGAGCUCCCAGCGUUCGCCAUUAUUGGGAUAUCAUGUGGCUUUCUUGGAGCUUUCUUUGUUUACCUGAACCGGCAAGUUGUCCUGUUCAUGAGGAAACCGAACAUUCUCACCCGCUUCCUAACAAAACAUCGACUGAUUUUCCCUGCUGUUGUGACCUUAGUGAUUACAACGCUGACAUUCCCUCCGGGCUUUGGACAAUUUAUGGCUGGAGAGCUGAUGCCCAGAGAAUGCAUCAACUCUCUGUUUGAUAACUUCACCUGGACUAAAAUAUGGGGUUCACCUCUACCACAUGGUAUUGGACGCUCAGCUAUCUGGUUUCACCCUGACGUCAGUAUCUUUAUCAUUCUAGUUCUCUUCUUCAUCAUGAAGUUCUGGAUGUCAGCAGUUUCCACCACCAUGCCCAUCCCAUCUGGAGCCUUCAUGCCUGUCUUUGUUUUGGGUGCCGCAUUUGGUCGAUUAGUGGGUGAGAUUAUGGCCACUCUGUUUCCUAAUGGGAUCCUAUUUGAUGGAAUACUGUACCGCAUCAUCCCUGGAGGGUACGCUGUCAUUGGCGCCGCAGCACUGACGGGCGCGGUCACCCACACCGUUUCCACAGCUGUGAUUUGUUUCGAGCUGACUGGUCAAAUAUCUCACAUCCUCCCCAUGAUGGUUGCUGUCAUUCUAGCCAACAUGGUUGCCCAGGGUCUGCAGCCCUCGCUGUACGAUUCCAUCAUCCAGGUCAAGAAGCUGCCGUAUCUCCCCGAGCUGGGCUUUGGCCACAUAAGCCAAUAUAAUAUCUUUGUGGAGGACAUCAUGGUGAGAAAAGUCAAGUUUAUAUGUUCCCAGUCGACAUACAGAGAAGUUCUGUAUUUACUGGAUACAGUUUCCCUGAAAACCUUCCCACUGGUUGACUCGAAAGAAUCUAUGAUUUUAUUGGGCAGCAUUGACAGAUCUGAGCUCCUCGCCCUCUGUGAUUGGUGGCUGUCGGCGGAGAGGCGGAUCUUAAUGCAAAGGCAGGGCUCGCAAGGACAGGUGCGAUGUGUCAAAGUCAGCUGGGAAUCACUUUCCUUUGUUGAUGAAGAUGAAGAGGAGAACGAAGAUGAUAAUGUGUCUGUCAAAGGGAUGCAGAAAGAGACGAUGCCAGUUCAAGAGGAAAGAAACGGUCCUUUGCCACCUGCUAAACCCUCUGAACCUUCAACCAACCAUACGUCUCCUGAUAAGGCUCCUUCCCCAUCUUUCGGGAAAAUAUUAAGAAACUUCUUUUCCUCCUCUUCAGAAAAACACACAGAAGGUCAGCCACAGGAGUCCAAUGCUCCACCUCUAACAGACACAAUGACACCAGAGGAGAUUAAAGCCUGGGAAGAGGUAGAAAUGGACAAACCUUUAGAAAUCGAUCAGAUCAGAAUCGACCCCUCACCUUUCCAGCUGGUAGAGAGAACAUCACUGCAUAAGACUCAUACUUUGUUCUCUUUACUGGGAUUGAGUCAUGCCUAUGUAACCAAUACUGGCAAACUGGUAGGAGUUGUAGCACUGAAAGAGCUUCAAAAAGCCAUCGAGGGCUCCACGCGCAGUGGCGUGCGCUUACGCCCCCCUCUGGCCAGUUUUCGGGACCACCUUCGUAAGUGUGCGAAUCCUCCUAAGGCCUCCUCCCCUCCAUCAUCCCCGUGCUCCACCACGGCCCCCUCUUCACCUCUGUCAGCCCCUGUGGUCCCUGAGAUCCAAUCCCUGAGCCCAGCAACCCCCGGGAAAGUAAAGAAAGAAGAGGCAGAGGUGUGGAUUGAAGGCGUGAAACGUGAUGUGAUUGUGAAGAGCACCAGCAGUUCAAGCACAGUAAGCACCAGCAGUAGUACUGGGGCAGGAAGUAGUGACAGUGAGGCAGGAAAUCCUGAUAUCAGCCCCACCCCGCCACCCCCCAUCCCUCUCUCCACACUGCAGCAUGUCAAUGAAAUCAAGGAGGCUGAAGAUGAGGAUGAGGAGCCACUUUAGAAUCUGGUUUUUGUUUUUCCUUUAUUUGACGUGUGAUCAUUGUAUUUUUGUUCACUUUUAUAACGAUUUCAUGUUUUUUAUUCAUGCGUUUGGUUCAAAAGGUUUUACAAUGUCCCACAUGCUUUUUCCUGCUUUUCCUUAUUCUCUUUUUAAAAAAUUCUGUUAUACUAUAGUAUAAACUUAAUUUUUUGGUUGCGCAGUGUGCCCCAGAAAUAGUAUUAUAUCAUGACAAUUGUUACUGAAGUUAUGAGCGAACAGAUGCUCCCCCAAUAUAACUUCAAAUAGGUUUAUCUUCCUUUAUAGAUACAUUUUCUUUGUUACACAGACCCUGUGAUUUCCUUUAAAGGGGACAUAUCACAAAAAUCAGACUUUUUCCAUGUUUAAGUGCUAUAAUUGGAUCUCCAGUGCUUCUAUCAACCUUGACAUUGGGAAAAAGAUUAACCCAAUAACUUAGUUUUGGUAAACCAUCCUCUGCAAGCAUUUAAAAAAAAUAGGUAAUUGAAAUUUGGCUCCCCUUGUGAUGUCAGAAGGGGAUAAUACUGUGCCUUAAUCUGCACUAUCCAUAUUUAGAAUAGAAUUAAGAAAUUAUUUUGAAACUAUUAAAACGCAAA